UUUGAACGUCACUUCAGCCCAAAACGAGUCACGCACCACUCUUGAACAUUAACAUUUCAAACUUACAGUUUAUUCCUGAGACGUGCAGAUACAGCUAUUGUUAGCUAUAUGCAACAAAGACAACUAGCAAACUGUAAUUUCAGACUGUCUUUACGUAGUGCAUCCGUUAACCAUGGAUAUAUUUUUAAAAAGCUGUCGCAAUGUGCUGAAGGGGAACGCAGAUGGCAGCCCAGGGUUCCAUGUGGUCCUGGGGAACGAGGCCUGUGACCUGGACUCCAUGGUGUCAGCUCUGGCCUACGCAUACUUCCUGUCCAAGACACUUGAUUCUGGGAAAAUUCCUCUUCCCGUUCUGAACAUUCCCCGGCAAGAGUUCCCGCUGCGCACGGACAAUACCUUCCUGCUGAGAGAGAGUGGCCUCUCCCAGGAUGACCUGGUGUUCCGGGACGAGGUGGACCUGGGGAGUCUACACCGGGCCGGCCGGCUGGACCUCACACUGGUGGACCACAACGUGCUGCCCAGCUCUGACCGUGAUCUAGAGGAGGCGGUGUUGGAGGUGAUCGACCAUCACCUCCUGGAGAGGAAGCCCUCUCCCUCCUGUCCUGUUACCGUGGAGACAGUGGGCUCCUGCACCACCCUGGUGACAGAACGGAUCAUCCAGAAAGCCCCUGAAGUCCUCGACCAACAGGUGGCCCAGCUCUUAUAUGGCACCAUAGUGUUAGACUGUGUGAACAUGGCCCCAGAGGCAGGGAAAGUCACCCCUAAAGACAGCCAGUACGCUGUCCUCCUGGAGACGCACUUCCCCAACCUGCCACCAAGGGGCGUCCUCUUCCAGUCCUUGCAGAAUGCUAAAUUUGACGUGUCAGGUCUCACCACAGAACAGAUGCUACUGAAAGACAUGAAGGUGGCAUCGGAAGGAGAUUUAAAACUGGCAGUCAGUGUGAUAUAUAUGACACUGGAGGCUUUUCUACAGAGACAAAGCUUACAGCAAGAGCUCUGUGAGUUCUGCCACAAGCACAGCUACAACCUGGUGGUGGCCAUGACGAUCUCCUUCAACAAUAACAAGGAGCCCUUCAGGCAGCUGGCCGUCUACAGCUCCAGCACCCUCUACAGGGGGGAGAUGAGCCAAGCCUUGGAGCAAUCCCGGAGCCCCAGUCUGAGCCUGAGUCCAAUGAGCAGCCCUUACUCGGACAUCAGGGCUUAUCUCCAGGGAAACACGUUGGCCUCCAGGAAGAAGGUGCUGCCCAUCAUCAAGGACUUCCUGAGGGACAGGGAGCGAAGAGAGGUGCAAGGUGGGAACCUAGAAGAGAGCUACGAGGCACCACGGCAACGAGCGUGCACUGAGGACGCUGGGAUAGAGGAGGACUCCUACUUCCCCCCCACCCCUAUGAACAGUCUGGUGGAGGGCUGUCCCCUUGACAACGGGCUGCCCAAGAUCAGCGCUGAAGCUCUGACGGAGAAGUUCAGCAAGAUGGCCAGCGAAGAGGAGAACGCAGGGGGACUCUGAUGUCACUCACACUCCUGUGGUCAGCGGAGCAUCCAAGCUCACUAACCUGUAUAACAGCUGGAUGGUCAGAGAGCUCUCGCAACAGGAUUCAGACCAGUCAGUACAGAUUGUUUGUGACUGUGCAGGGUGUUAAGGUAGGCACAACAUUGAUCCGCUGGGACAAGGACUGGGAGGCACACUGUUCCCAAUCCAGAGGAGUAAACAAUCCACUGGCAAUCAUAUUGGAGAUGAUGGAAAUGUAUUGAAAAUAUUAGUGACACCCGUGCUUUACGUUAGUGACACCCGUGCUUUACGUUAGUGACACCCGUGCUUUACGUUAGUGACACCCGUGCUUUACGUUAGUGACACCCGUGCUUUACGUUAGUGACACCCGUGUUUUACGUUAGUGACACCCGUGCUUUACGUUAGUGACACCCGUGCUUUACGUUAGUGACACCCGUGUUUUACGUUAGUGACACCCGUGCUUUACGUUAGUGACACCCGUGCUUUACGUUAGUGACACCCGUGUUUUACGUUAGUGACACCCGUGUUUUACGUUAGUGACACCCGUGCUUUACGUUAGUGACACCCGUGCUUUACGUUAGUGACACCUGUGCUUUAUAUGGGGGGGGCUCCCGAGUGGCGCAGUGGUCCAAGGCACUGCAUCUCAGUGCUAGAGGCAUCACUACAGACCCUGGUUCGAUUCCAGGCUGUAUCACAACUGGCCAUGAUUGGCAGUCCCAUAGGGCGGCGCACAAUUGGCCCAGCGUCGUCCGGGUUAAGGUUUGGCCGGGGUAGGCCGUCAUUGUAAUAAGAAUUUGUUCUUAACUGACUUGCCUCGUUAAAUAAAGGUUAAAUAAUCAAAUAUUAGUGACACCGAUGCUUUCAUCCUUAAAUGGGAAUAAGACAUUUACGUGGGAACUCUGUUAAUGGAAAAAUGUUUCCGGGAAAUACAUUUGAGAAAAUAGAUCCACUCUCUCUCAUCUCCCCAAGAGUGUGUGUGCAGCCUAGACUAAUGUGUAUAUGAAAAUGUUUGUGAUAGAUGCCUAAACCAAUAUGUGGUCUGUGUACAAAGGCAACAGGGAUCUUAAUCCAGGAGGGCAUUGAAUGUCUCUACUGUAACCAAGAAGCCUGAUCUUGACAUCUAGGCACUGUGCCCUAUACUAAUGUGUAUAGAAAGAUUUUUAUGAUAGAUGCCUAAACCAAUAUGCGGCCCCACUUUAUUUGGAUAGUCCAGCUGUAGAUGCUCUACAGAUGGUCAAACUAUCUGUUGAUAAGCAGCUUAUUACUAAGCUUAGGGUAAGGGUUAAUAGUUGGGUUUAGGCAAAGAGUUAAGUUUAGGGUUAGGUUAAGGUUGGCGUUUAGUACAUAGUUGAAAUGUGAUAGUCUGUAGAGCAUCUACAGAUGGACGGUCCAAAUAAAGUGUCACUCUGCAUGAUAUGCAGUGUUGAUUUUACAUAAUUGAUAAGCAGUUUGACGUUGAAGUAAAGUGUUUGUGUUGAAUAGUUAUUGCUAGAGAUAGCUAGACAUUAUUCCUUGACUGACUGUUUUAUUGAUAAUAAAUCCGUUUUGAAUGUUCUUCUGAUUCAAAACACCAUUAUAAUACUGUAUCUUCUCCAAAUGAAAGAUUUUGUAUACUGCAAAUGUAUGUAAACAUAAUUUAAAAAAAAAUAUUAUUUAAGAAUUAUCUGAUUAUAUGCAAUUGUAUCGCAAGAAGAUACUGUAACUUCCGCUUUGUGUUAAAGCACUUGGUACCAAUGAUAUUGCUGAUGUCAUGUUAAUUUGAAUAUAAUACUUUGAUCUCUUUUAUCUGAGACUAGGACUCCCCAGAACCACUCAAGGUACUUCCAGGCCUGAUGUAGUCUAAUUAAAUGACUGUUUAUUUCAUAAAAUGCUCCAAAUUGAUGAGAACAUUGUUGAGAUCUAGCUAUAAUCUGCACCAAAAGGUAGAGUAGAUUUCAGUCAAGGUUAGACCAUUAGCAGAUGUUAUGAAGGACAAUCAGUUUUUAAUCAUUUGGAAACCAGCGGACUAAAGUUUUACAGUUAGAAAUGUAAUGGUUUCACCUGAAAUGUUGAAAAGGGUUAAAUAGUAUUAAAGUUUCUUAUCCUG